ACUGCAACAGAAAACAAAUUUUUACUUACAGGGAUAUUACCAACAUAGCUUACUAUUAAAGGCAAAAUAUGUGAAUAGCACGGGCGAGUGAAUCACACUGUUCUGUUAGCCAACGUCGAACUUAAAACUCAAUAAUGACAAGGUUAUAUGCGGUGAUAAUGGUUAUUGUUAAUAAAAUUAUUAUAUCUCACUCGCUCAGAAUAAAUAAGUACUAUUAGCGCUGUGCAACGCCGGAAUUUACGAAUUUUGGCAUCGCUCUGGCCGCACUUAUGUGUAUUAACCAUAGAAGUUUAAAAAUAGAACGUUGGCGAUUAUUUUUAGACAAUAAAGAUCUACUAAAUUACAACUGGAAAGAGCCUGCGUUUUUUUUGGUUUUGGUCAAGUGCGACCUUGCAGAUUACAUAUUGUUGGUCCUGACCACAUCCACAGAAUUAAAAAAAUUUAAUGUUCUGUAUAUUUUUUUAGGCCAAGUGGAGCAAAAUGUCGGCAAACGGCUCCAUAGAAAAACUUACAAAUUCAUACAAAAUUCCUUUAGCGAAUGUUCUAGAAAUCCCGAUAGACAUCGAGGCGCCAUAAAAGAUCGGCGAGACGUGAAGAUACGUUUCUUACGAGGUUGCGUAAAGGUUUCUAACAAAAUUGCUAGGCAACUAAGAGUAUAAACAAAAAUCCCUAAACACGCUCGUGUGAAGUUAGCAAUAAAUUUUGCAUAUUUUUUUGUGAAUAAAUAUGCAUAUUGCACACAUCACCCCUUAAAUAACGCCAAUAAAAUUGAUACGCAUAACUACGCUAUUUUUUAGAAAUAAUUUUCAAACUUGACGAUGAGUACCUAGAGAUUAUGCUAUAGGGAUACCAAAAUUACAGUUCCUAUUUUCAGUGGACCUUAUCGAGCAGCAUUCUUCAAGUAUACUUUUGUAACCUAAAUCGAACUAUGGGAUAAAACCACACCUAUUGCAUUGCUCAAAUUUAAUGGUUUCAUAAUGAGAAGAGUUGACAGCCAUGGUUCUAAAGUCGCAGAAACCGCCCACUUAUAAAAUUAUAGCUUGAAGCCUUGGUGGUACUUGCAUAUUGUCCAUUAACGUUUGGGAUCGCCGAAUUUGAAAACCUUGUUUAUUGCUGCUUUGAGGUUGUAGGUUAGGGUGUUGCGGUAGUCUGGAAGGUGGUGUGAUCGUGAUCGUUGAUUUGAUUAAGAAUGAAGACUAUAGCAGAUGUGUCCAUUACCGAGUGCAUUGAUACCAGUAAUUACAAAGAAGACUCAAAACACAAAUUCGCAAGUACAUAUCAAAAUGGGUAUAAUUACAAGGAGUAUCUCGAAGAUUAUUUACGUAAAAAUGGAAAAUAUUUAAACGGUCACACCCUGACAUCUGCACUGGACGAGGAACACCUAAACUACAAACAGAAAUGUUCGAACGAAAGGAAUUCACCUAAAAAUGCAAAGCCUUGUAAAGAGUCAUUCGAAAAACCAAUGCUACUAUCGACUCUAUUAACAUCUAUAAGUUUCUACAUUCUAAUGUUCCUCGGCUACCUUAGCCAAUCACUAUUUCCGCCGAAGAUCGCGAAAGAAUACAAUCGUCAGGGCUAUCCGCAUCUCUACGAAAAAUUUGCGAGUUUCUACUCGCUCUACGUCUAUCGCAGAGUGCGAGAUUGCUGGAACUAUCCCAUCUGCAGCGUUCCCGGCGCCGAAGUCGUCCUGAAGGAGCGUAUUACGCCGGACAACGGAUGGACUUUUGAGUUUACUGGAUCAAAACGAAAAUGCAUCAAUUUGGGUUCGUAUAAUUACCUCGGUUUUGCCGAACCGAGCGGACCGUGCGCCGAGCUCGCCAUUAAAGCUGUGCAUACUUACGGCUUGUCAACGGGCGGGACGCGGCAACAAUACGGCACCUGCGAGAUACACAGGGAGCUCGAGAAGUUGACCGCCGAGUUUUUGGGUGUAGAAGAUGCAAUUACUUUCGGUAUGGGCUUCGCGACAAAUUCCUUGAACAUUCCUGCUUUGUUUUCGCCCGGAUGUCUGGUAAUCAGCGACGAAAGGAAUCACGCCUCUUUAAUUUUGGGUAUUCGAUUAUCCGGCGCCACUGUUCGAGUGUUCAAACAUAAUGAUGUAAAGGACUUGGAGAAAGUGUUGAAGUAUGCAAUUUACUAUGGCCAAUCCAAGGAUAGCAUAACGCAUACGCCUUGGAAGAAGAUUUGUAUCUUUGUUGAGGGUAUUUACAGCAUGGAAGGAAGUAUAGUUCAUCUCCCCGAGAUCAUUGCUCUAAAGAAGAAGUACAAAGCGUAUUUAUAUUUAGACGAAGCACACAGUAUAGGAGCUAUCGGUAGGUCGGGACGAGGUGUCGUUGAUUACUUUGGUUGCGAUCCAAAAGAUAUAGAUGUGUUAAUGGGCACUUUUACUAAGAGCUUUGGAUCUGCUGGAGGAUACAUUGCGGGCACACAGCAAUUUAUAUCGUAUUUACGUCAGAAGAGUUACGCAUCUAAGUAUGCUUACGCAAUGUCACCACCGGUAGCCGCCCAAAUAAUCGGCGUAUUGAAAAUUUUAAUGGGAAAAGACGGCACAGACUUGGGAAAGAAGAGAAUUGACACGUUAGCUCGAAAUACGCAGUACUUCAGACGGAAAUUGGCGCAAAUCGGUCUUAUUACCUAUGGAAAUCAAGACUCGCCGGUAGUGCCCGUGCUGGUUUAUCUCUACUCGAAAAUUGCAUAUUCUGUUCGGACAUUAAUCGAAAAUAACAUUGCGACAGUAGGCGUGGGCUAUCCUGCAACACCUUUGCUAGAAGGCCGCCUUCGUGUAUGCCUUUCGGCGGGCCAUACCAAAGAGCAAUUAGAUUACGCAUUAGGAAUCAUCGAGCAAGUCGCCAAUGACAUUGGUCUUAAGUAUUCGAGGUUACCGAAGGACCCAAAUCCGAUCGAAUAUGAAAAAAUUGAAAUCAACUCUUAGUGGUAGAACGCGUCGUUUGUUAUGCCAACAAGUAUUAUUCAACUUAUUUU